CACUUCCAAACAAAGAGGAAGCGCUCAUGUGAUUUAAAGGGGACCGCACACAAUUUAUAAAUCAUGUUCUUUUUUUGCUAACACAUUAGUAAAUUGUUUUUAAAAUGAAAAUCUUUACGCAAGGAGCCUGGGAUCAUCUUGCAUUGAAAACUGAGAAAUCACUUCUGCUGUGUAAGAUGGAAACUCCGUUUUACUGAACUUUAUGCCCAGUCUUUGGCUUGGCAGGGCAGUGAGGACACUCAGCAGAUCAUCUUUGCCAAACCUUUGUAGGGAAACUUCAUUUAGAGGAACACUAGAUCAUCCAUCUCUCCAGUGCUCCAGGACUCUUAUAUUUUCUUGGGGCUUUGCAUCUAGCCCCAGUGGCAUCUUUUUCUGUGUGCCACAAAUUCGCCAGUUUAGUCUCCGCUCCAGCUCUUAUUUCCACGUUUCUUGGCCUGAGUGGCAAAGUGGACGACCAGUCAUGGCAGAGCAGAGAUACUGUGUGGAAUAUGCCAAACGUGGCACGGCUGGCUGCAAGAAAUGCAAAGACAAGAUCAUGAAGGGGCUGGUCCGGGUUGGCAAGAUAGUGCCAAACCCAUUCAGUGAGUCUGCAGGAGAAAUGAAGGAGUGGUACCACUUGAAGUGCAUCUUUGAGAAGCUUGAGAGAGCACGUGCCACCACGAAGAAAAUCAACGACAUCACAGAGCUGGAGGGAUGGGAGGAACUUCAGGAUGAGGAUAAAGAGCUAAUCAAUAAACAUGUUUCAGAGCUGGCAGCCAAAGCCAAUGCAUCCCCAAAGAAGAAAGCGCAAGCAAAGUUAAAUAACAGUGGGCAGCUGUCAGCACCGCUAUCUGAUCCAACAGUCAAUGCUCCUCGCAAGUUUUCUGGCUUUACAGCUACCAAGGCCGGUUCCUCUUCCUCCAGUCCUGGACCAUCUCCAGCCAAACCCACUCAGGGUAGCGCUUUAUCAGCUCAGCUAUGUGAUCCCAACCAUAAAGACUGCUUACUGCGGGAGUUCCGCAAACUUUGUGCCUUAGUCGCAGAGAAGUCCAGCUAUAAUGCCAAGACCGAGAUCAUCAGAGACUUCUUAACAAAAGGCUCUGGUGGAGACAAAUUCCGAGGAGAUUUGUACCUGACAGUGAAGCUUCUCCUCCCAGGAGUGGUUAAGAAUGUGUACAACCUCAAUGACAAACAAAUUGUCAAGCUUUUCAGCCGCAUAUUGAAUUGCAGUCAGGAUGAGAUGGUGCAAGACUUGGAACAGGGUGAUGUUUCAGAGACGGUGCGGAUGUUUUUUGAGGACGGCAAGUCUUUCCCUCCAGCAGCCAAGAGUCUUCUAACUGUUCAGGAGGUUGAUGCUUCACUGAGCCGUCUGUCCCAACUCUCAAAUAAAGCAGCUUUCCAGGAUGCUCAAGUGGGUCUGUUCGUGUUCGACUGCAUUUAUUUCAAUGGUGUCAGUCUCAUGGACAAGCCUCUCUGUGAGAGAAGAAAGUUUCUCCAUGACAAUAUGAAGGAAGUUCCUAACAGGAUUCUGUUCUCAGAAAUGAAGCAUGUCACGAGAGCUGCUGAUCUGGCAGAAAUGAUCACACGUGUCAUCAGAGAAGGACUUGAGGGUUUGGUUCUGAAGGAUAUCAAGGGGUAUUAUGAACCAGGAAAACGUCACUGGUUAAAGGUGAAAAAGGACUAUCUGAACGAAGGAGCAAUGGCGGACACCGCUGACCUCGUGGUGCUUGGUGCUUUCUAUGGCAAAGGCUCAAAUGGUGGAAUUAUGUCCAGUUUCCUUAUGGGAUGCUAUGACCCAGAAUCCAAGAAGUGGUGCACUGUGACCAAGUGUUCAGGAGGCUAUGACGACGCCACCUUAGCCAGACUGCAGAAGGAUUUGGACGUCAUCAAAAUUGGCAAGGAUCCAAGCAAGAUCCCAGGAUGGUUGAAGAUCGUCAAGAACUAUUACCCAGAUUUCAUUAUCCGAGAUCCAGAAAAAGCACCAGUGUGGGAAAUAACAGGAGCCGAGUUUUCCAAAUCAGAAAUGCACACUGCAGAUGGCAUAUCCAUCCGCUUCCCACGAUGCACUCGAAUGAGAGACGACAAAGAUUGGAAGACCGCCACUAACCUUCAGCAGCUCAAGGAGCUGUAUCGUAUUUCAAAGGAGAACUGUGAUUUUGAGGUGACAGCUGGUCCGUCUAAAACUAGCCAAAAUGACAAGAGCUCCUCAGGAGGUGAGAGUGGAGGAAGCUCUCUCUCUGCAUCUCAUGGAGCUUCCACAGCUAACAAGACCAAAAAUGGUCGUGCUCCCAAAGUAAAGGCAGUGAAAACAGAAUCAUCUUCUCCAGCAGUUAAGAGGAAACUACCCGCAGAGAAACAAGAUGCCAAGAAGAUAAAAACAGAACCCGUUCACAGCAAUGGACAAAGCAAAUUGAAGACUGUUCAAACAACUGACCCAAAAAACGAAAAGACACUACUGGACAUUUUCACAGGCGUGAAGCUCUACCUCCCAGAGUCAGUGCAGGACUUUGAGAAGCUUCGGCGCUACUUCCUAGCGUACGAUGGAGAUUUGGUGCCAGAGUAUGACUCCGCUUCAGCCACACAUACACUGGGAGAGCCAGAGGAUGACCGUUCAGCCCAGAGGGUCACCUCCAACUGGAUCUGGGAAUGCAUCCGAAAGAGGAGGGUGGUUCCUCUCUGCUGAAUGAGGUAGAGAGACUGCUGGAAGGACACUACCACAAAGCUCAGGCAUUUUGUCCUAUAAUGACAUUGUUCAUUAGAGAACAGCAAACCGGUUUCUUCAGACUCGCAGCUACAGCAAUAACGAGCUGAAUGAACUUUUUCUAACCGGUGUCUCAGUUUCAUGUUUUUGUUAGCUUUACCACAUUGUGGUAUUACACACAUUGUACUAGAAAACUGUCUGUUUUCAAUUUUGUUGGUUUUGACAUUCUCAUUAUGGAUUCACAUAUUUAUCAUUUUUAAACCUUGGUGACAUUGACCAGUGCUGCCACUCAUGUUAUACGCUUAUUCUUCAAAGAGGUAGAUAACUAAUGAUUUUGAUUACUUCAUGAUACAAUGUCAUUUAUCUGUUUUGAAAAGGAUGUUUGUAUGGAGUAUGCUCUUGGGCACAGGAUGAGUAAUUAACAAUACAAUAGUAACAGCCAUAAGGCAUGAUUGUGGAAUGAAUAAUUGUGUAGAGUAAAUUGGGUAAGAGCCCUUUAGCUUAGUAAUGGUAGUUGUGUGUAAUUUCAACUGUUUAAUCAUUCUAAUUAAAACAAGCCUUUUGUGCACAAAGAAAUUGAUUUGUACCUGAAUUGUGAGCACGCAACAGGGAGCAGCAGUUCUGUUCUCCAGUAUGA